GUUACUGUAACUAUGUAUAUUAGGGAAAAUCGAGAUCAGUGGGAAAAUCGCUCACUUCUCACUUUUAGGAGUGUUUGUAACUUAGUAAACCAAGAUAAACAAAACACACUCUCAUUUUCAAAAGACGACUCCUUGCAAGUCAUUAUAAAAUUGCGCAAUAAUGAUGAUCUCGCGGGUGUUUAGUUUUGUUGACGUUACCAAGUCAGCCUUGUAUUUCGGAAUGUAUUUUGAACCGAGUGCACCUCGCAACGGCUUCGCACACUUUUCUUGAUCCACGAACUACGAAGAAUGAAGAUUAAAAAGUAUCACGCUUGAAAUUUCGACACGUGCAGGCACAUGCACGCAAUUCACACAAACCUACUUCCCACGUGGUAGAAGUGUUUUGAUCAUUAUUGUCACAUCGUGGAUCACGGGCAACAUACAAAAAACAGUCAGCUGCGAAAUCGAACGGAAUUCGUGGGUUUACUAUAAAAGGGGGAGACAAUAUUUUAUUACUCGUAAUUAAUGUGGUUUGCAGGAAAGUAACGAUUAGUUAUUAUGGACAGGCGGCACGGAUUAAAUACACCUUCUCCGUUGAGAAAUAGCACGGCUGCGAAUCGACCCUUUCGAUCACCCUUUCAUACUAUUCUCAGCCCAUGUGAUAAAGUCAAUCUCAACGGAAAGCGUGUCAAGGUUUCAAACGUUAGAUCUUCUCCUUCAUGGACCCCAAAGAAGAGGAUUAGUCAUCAGCCGUGUUUAAUGGGGAAAAAAAUUUGCUUAGAAAAUGAAUACGCUCCAUCAGAAUGCGACAAAGAAAGAUCGAUUACUGAGGAUGAUCUUAAACAAAUCAAAGAAAGAAUCUGCGUAAAGAAACAACAAUUAGAAAGUGUGAAACGUCAGUUGUUGUACGAAAAAAAGCACGAGGCACAUGAUUUAAAUGAUCUUACGGAAAGAUGGCUGCGAGGGUGUCAAGAAGCGCUUAUGCAAUUCCAGAAAAAUAUUAGCUACCACAGCGGAACUGCUGUAAGCAUGCCAGAGCUUUUGGCGCAGUUAGGGAUUCCGCCAAAAUUGGUACAAUAUUCAGUUGAAGAUUGCGACUUUGUGGUGUAAAGACAGACAUUGAUUGUUGAGAUUCUUUGUAUCCAUAAAAUGGUCAGGAUGAGAACAUUUGUGAACGAUAUAUUCAAGCGAUAACCAACUAUAUAUCAUUAAUUUAAUCUGUCGACUGUAUUGAGUUCUUGUGCAGCAGCAUA